CGAGAUCGAGAAGAACAUGGCCAUUCGAGAGCUCCAGCAGAUGGUGAAUCGCUACAACGACUGUUACCUUCAGCUGAAGGAUGCGGUGACCGCUGUUGAGAUGCUAAGGGAGGAGAAUCUGCAGCUGGCUGCGAAGAAUCUUGAGCUCGACUUUCUGCUUGAAGACAUGGAGAGGGCGGAGGUGAUCGGAGUAUCGCCAGCGGCGAGAUCGGUGAGAAAGGGAUCGGAUCUUGAUUCUUCUGGUGGAUCCGGAUCCGGAUCGGGUUCAGGAUUGAGUUCGAUCUCUGGAUCCGGUCCGGGAUCGGGAUCCCAUGGGGCUCGUGGAUUGCCGAAGAGCAUCUCGAUUCGAUCGCGGGGGUUCUUGGCGAUCAACCAGCCGGAUCCUGGUGGGGCCCACCGCGUUCGUCUUCCUGUUUCUCCCGCCCUGGCCCAAGACGGUGACAAGGAAAAGGCUGAAGUGGAGUUGGAUGCGUACAGCCAAGGGAACGCCAAGACCGAGCUCUGCAACAAAUGGGGAGAGAUGGGGUGUUGCCCCUACAGCGACCGCUGCCAGUUCGCCCACGGGAUCGAGGAGCUCCGCCCGGUGAUCCGCCAUCCGAGGUACAAGACCCAGCUCUGCCGCAUGAUGGGUUCCGGCGGUGACUGCCCAUACGGUCACCGCUGCCACUUUCGACACGCUCAGCAGCCCACUGCACCCAAAUGAAUUUGGUCAGUACCUCGACUGUUGAUAUAUCACUGUUUUCUGCUCCAGUUUUCCUACUGAACUUUUACUUAGCGUUGCAUAAUUGAAUAAGGUUUUAUUAGGCCAAAAGAUAAAGGCCCCAUUUAGGUGGGCUGAACAACGUUUAGUCCUAUUACUGAGCUUCUGCUGCACCCAGUAAUAAAAUGCAUUCCAGUUAUUGGGUCUAAUUCCAGUUCGGAAAUGAUACUGGUUGGUUUUGAACUUUUUUUUAAGUUGGUAAUUAGACUGAUUUUUUACAAUUUGUAUUGAUUCACUGUGAGUAAAUGCUUUGCUAAUUUUGUAGACGAUUUGGA